UGUAAAGAUUUUGUUGUUUUGGUCCCCCUCGAUCCGUGAUUAGAUAGAAUCUAGUGAAAGUUCCGAAGUUCUCCGUCGUGAAAUGGCAGCCGCGCAAGCACCGAUGCGUCCGUGGGACUCCUCGUUCCAGCACACGGACCGGGAACGGUGGGUCUGCAUCUAUCCGGCGUACAUCAACAAGAAGAAAACCCGCCAGGAGGGCCGUCGCAUUCCGAAGGACCUGUGCGUUGAAAACCCGUCCUACCAGGAGAUCCGGGACGUGCUGCAUGUGCUGAACCUGAACGUGAUUGUGGAAAAUAAGCUGUAUUCGCGGGAGAAGAGCAAGGAGCUUGCGUACCGUGGAAGGAUUCGCGUUCAGUUGAAAGACAGCGAUGGAAGCCCCAUUAAGCAGGAGUUUCCGAGCAGGGAUAGCUUACUGGCAUAUUUGGGCAAGACGAUUCCCCAGUUGAAGACGAGGCAGGGCAAACCGGCGGAACCGGUUGCGCAGGUUCAUGCCAGCGCAGGUUCCAGUGGUGGUGGACAAUCCCACAAGAAGGGCAAGGGAAAGCGACGGUAGGUUGGGACGAGUGGAUAUUUAUUUUCUUAUUGUG